UGGCCACAUGAAAAUGGCCACGCAAUUGCAUUCCCGCACAUCCACCAACCCCUCUGCGCUGUCAGCCUGCAACCCCGCACACACGCUUCUGCAGCGCUCAGCCCGUCGUCCUGACACGUUAACAGCUUGUAUGCAUACGAGAGCACAAUCUGAGCCAUUAUUACUGGCGGGAGAGACGUAACUUUCCCCGAGAGAAGUGGGCAAAAUAAGAUCCAGCGUAACCAGUCCGCCACCUAGCUGCGGAGACGCGCCGGCGGAGAUCUGUCGACUGUAUGAUUAUGAAAACACCCGCGCCAAUGUUGUUGCACAGUAGGCUCUGUGCUCCGAUGAGACUGAAACUCGGUUUUAGGAGGUGUUUUAACCUCCGCUGGCCUUACUUAUGUAAUCAAAGCAACAUCUAAUGCACCAAAAGCCCUGGAUUGCUGUUGGUGCGAAGGGGAGAGCAGGACAGCAACACCUUAACCUUCUGCCUAAACGCAGUUGGCUCCGGGACGCGCUCUCGGUUCAAUCCUAAAGGACAAGAGAGAGACCUUCCUUUGCUGUAUGAAGGAACCCAACUAUACUUGGACUGUUAUAGGAUAUUCUUCAUUCUUCUUUCUUCUUUUGACCCCACAAACCCCAUCGGAGGCGUUUUAAAAGUGUUAAACUGGGAACCCCACAGCAUCCUACUUCUCCCCCCUGACUUCUCUGAUGGACCAGAGAGUGAAGGGGGGAACCCCUCCAACCACAAACUCCACUCUGGACCCCACCUCUGCACCUGAAGACUCUGAACAGGACCAAGGAGCAGAGAAAAAGAGGAGAGGUGAAGGGGAGAAUGGAGAUCUAGGGGAAAAAGAGGAGGAAAAAAGAGGAGCAGGGAAAAAGAGAGAAGGAGACAAGGGGGCAGUGCUGGAGUUGCUCAUUGAGGGGCGCUGUGGAAGCACAGGGCAGCAACAGCUUCAGAUCUCUGGCAGAGAGACAAGCUGCCCUGAGGGGAAUGUACGACUGCGGAUUGGACUCCAGGCCAAACGCACCAAGAAACCGCCCAAGAUCUUAGAGAGCUACGUCUGCAAGCCCACCAUCAGGACCUAUCAGAGACAAGGCAGGGGGGGACUGCUGAGGGGGGAUGGAGAAGGAGGAGUGGGCCAGCAGAGCAAAACCAGCUCUACUCCAGAUGAGGCAACCAGAGAUCAACGCUCAGGCUUUGAUGCUGUCCAGGCCACAUCCAAACAAACUGCAUCUGCUGCUUCACCACCACUUGCAUCGUCAUCAUUAUCAUCGUCAUCAUCAUCUUCGUCAUCGCAGCCACUGUCGUUAUCAUCAACAUUUACUACCCCAGCCUCAGUCCCUGCCAUAACCAGCCAAGGGACCAAGUCUGCCAAACAGGUUCCUAUCAAACUGGCCCAUAAUACAGAGGUGAAUUCAAAUGGCUCGUCUGAGAGAGUGAAGAAAGAGAAGCUUUCUAGUGUUAAUGGCCAGCCUGUUUCUGCAGGACACAAACCUUGCUCACCCACAACAGACCAGACAGCUUCAACUACUCCUUCCAUCCCAUGCAUCGAAGCCCCAGAAACCAGAAAUGAAGGAAAGACUUCCAAGAAACAUAAUGGUUUGGUACAGACAACAAAACAGAAGGGACUAUCGAAUGGGAAAGGCUCUGCCAACAUCCUUGGCACUUCCACCUCUUCAAAAAUCAAAGUUGGAAAACACAGCAGUUCCUCCUCUGUUUGUUCCGUGGACUCCUCGACAAGACCUCCAGUCUCCACCAGCUCUCAUAAAGAACUUAGCAUGUCCAAUAAAAGUAGGCCAGACUCUCCUUCCUCUCCCUCAGUCACACCUAAACCACAGUCCUCCCCCACUGUGGAUCUCUCCUCUGCCCAAUCCCAAGAUCAGGACACCUGUCAGCAGCCCCCACUAGAGAAAAAGAGAGAGAAAGACAGGAAAGCAAAGAAAGAGAAACGGAAAGACAAAAAAUCUAAGCGAGAUAGAUUGGAGGCUGAAAAGGCAAAGAGUGAGAGCAGAAAGGAGGAAGGCAAGAAGAAGAAAAAGGAGAAAGGGAAAGAUGGAAAAUCAAGACACGGUAAAGAAAAGAAUGAAAGACAUAAGACUGAUGAUACGAGGAGGGAUGAACUAAAGAUUGAAAGAGGAAAGGCUGAGAAAAAGAGGGAUAAGCUUAGCCCAGACAGGCAAAGAACAGAGGAUAAUAAUGUGAAAUGUGGUGAAACAGUUGAUAGUGGUAAACUAGAUAAAACCUGUAAAGUAGUGAAUCCAGGCAGACCAGAUGAGAUAGACAAGACAGAUGACAGUUGCAAGCCAGUUAAACAAGCUGAGCCAGCAACAACAACAGGUGACACCAGUAAAUCAAAAGAACAAGAUGUCUCAAGACAUUCAGCUGUGCCUCCAAGCCACCCCUCAUCUUCUGCUCCUCCCUCUCUGCCCACUCCUUCUGCCCGUGCCCCCGUUUCUCCCACUUCUUUCCCCCAAGAGCAGGACAGCCGACCGCUAAAGAAACGUAAAGCCAGGCGGCCCAGCUGGACCAAGCUGGUGCACCGGGCUCAGAGAGCGGAAAAUCAGGAAGCCCCUUCAGAUUCCCAACCUAAUCCUUUACUAAGUUUCCCCCAGAACCCCAAGACAUCCCUUCCUGCCAAGGCCACUAUUCAGCAGACUGAUGAGUCACACCCAUCUUCCUCUAGCUCCUUAACCAGCAGCUCCUCGCCUUUCACUUCUGCAACCAAACCUCCAUCCCCAAAGCACAGUCACCCCACAUCAGACCCUAGCCCCCCUGCUUCCAGAUGCCCUAUAACCCCUGCCCGAAAAAGGGGCCGCCCUAAAUCCCACAGCUCUAGCUUAGAUGAACCUCCCCCUAGACUUUCACCAAACUCUAUCCCAACUGAGGUGCCUCUUCUGGGGUGUGACGGAAUUCAGAAAGACCCUGUGCUGGAGCCAAGUCCAAUACUGCAGUGUGCCGCUCAGUCUAAAUCCAGCCCCAAGAAGCGUGGCCGUCCACCCAAACGGCCCCUCCCAGAGGACCAGAGCAGAGAUGCACUUAAUCGAACUGAUGAUGCAGAGAGGAGUAAAGAUUUUCAUCCUCCUGAAAAGGGGAACAGGCAGCUAAAGAUCAGGAGGCUGAUUAAUGAGAUGAAGAAAAGAAAGAAGAGAAGACUUCACAAGGUAAUGCUGUCUGGGUAUGUGGGAAAGGAAGGAAGGGGAGGAGGGGCAGCAGAUGGUGAGACCUCUCUGAGAAUGUGUAAAUCGAUAGAGGCUACAACAGUACACACGCUCUCAGCCCUGUCAUCCUCUUUUGGGAGUAAGCUGGGCCCUCAGAUAAAUGUGAGCAAGAGAGGGACCAUCUACAUGGGCAAGAGGCGAGGACGCAAGCCUAAAGCCCAAACAGCUUCAACAGCCCAAACAAACUUCCAGAACUCCACUCAGUCGUCUCUGUUUACCAAUCCCUCUGAAACAUCUCUCUUCUCUAACCAACCCCAGCCUCCUCCCUCUCACCCAUUUCCCUCCCCAUCUCUUACCCACUCCAGUGGGGCCCAGAGCCCUUAUAGUGAAGGCAGUCUCACAGAACCAACAUCCUCCCUACUUUUUCCUCACCCUUUCUCUCUCCCUUCCCCAUCAUCCUCCUGUACCUCCCCCCGCCCACCCUCCUGCUCAUCCCUCUCUCCCUUUGUGAAGAAGAGUUGUCCAUGUCAGGGAAGGCAUCACUUCCCCUUUCAGCAGUCUUCAUGUAAGCUCUCCUGUCCCACCCCUCCAAUGCAUCACACACCUGGCUCUCCUGGCCACCUGAAAGAGGCCACCCCCUCCCCCAGGAGUGAAUCACACAGCGAAGAAACACUGCCUAGCGAUAGCGGGAUUGGAACGGAUAACAACAGUGUUUCUGAGCGAGGGGAGAUGAGGGGAGCUCGAGGCAUGCUCAGGUUGGGUCAGGGGUCAGGAGUGAUUCUGGGGGGUCAAAGGCACCCCUCCACACUUGUGGACCGUCCCUCUCCUGUCUCUUCACCCCUCUCUCACAUGGCCAGACACACAAACCCCAUCACUGACUCAACUACUUUGGAGCGGCACAGAGACAGACAUAGGCACAGGCGGAGGGAUUAUGACUGUUCCUCCUCCUGUACUUGCUUGUGCCCCUGCCCAGGACACAACAAGUGCACUCAUUCGGACUAUUACCCUUGCCUUGGGCACAAUGCACUGAAGAGACAGAAAAAUAAACAUAAGAAGAAGCACCAGCAGCUGCACAUGCAGGAUCCAGAGUUUCUGGCUGAACUAGAAGAUCUAAUUGGUCAGUUCAGUGAGGUGCAUAUUGGACGUCGAGGUUGGGCGAGGACAAGACUGGGACACGGCUUUGAGGGGAGUGGGAAUGCAGCUGGAGGAAGGCGCCAUCACUCCUCCCAUUCUCUCCGCUCCAACAUCUUCAGGAUCAAUCUGAAUGGCUUCUACUCGCCUCACCCUUCAUCUUACUCUGCUAAUCCCUCCUUCUCCCCUCAGCCUUUCUACCCCUGCCAGCCUGUGCAUUGUAACAGGAAGCCAGACCGCAGGCAAUGUGGUUGCCCGUCAAAGUUCCAGGAGACUAUUGAAAAUAUGGGCUUUUACAGCAGCUAUCCCCCAGCCACGACACUUUAUCAUCAUCUCCCUAGCUCCUACCCACUUCCCUCUCCACACCAGUAUGCCUCCCAUCAGCCCCAUCAUGCACACUUCCUCCUCAACCCCGCCAGAUUCCACAGGCGGAGGAGCAGGUUGCUGAGGGAGGGAGCUUUAGGAGGAGAGGUUGAGGGAGAUAUAGUAGGAGGCAGUGGAGGAGGCCCACACCUCAGCUCAGGGUUCACAUCCAGCCUCUCCUGUGGCUGUGGUAGGAGCGAACACAAACACAAGCAUAAACACCGUCACAGGCACUGCGAGCGAGACAUGGAUGACGAGGAGGAGUUACAUGAGGAUGAGGAGGAAGAUGAAAUGGAGAGAGAGGGGUUAGCCAGUUCAAAGCCAAGGUCAGGGUUCAUUUUGGGGCAAGCAGAAGGAGGAAGGAAAGGGGCAAGAGGAAUGGGUAAUAUGCUGUCUAAAGAAUCGCCUUGGUUAUGUGAGAAUGGAAAUGAUUCCUUCUCCUCUUGCACUGCUGCCACAUCAUCAUCAUCUUCAGCAGAGAGGUACAAACACACAUCCCUCACCUCACUGGGGCUGGGUUCGUCUCACCUGUCUUCAUUUGGAGGCAGCUGGGGCGUCCUGGGCCAGAGCUGGGCGAAAUUCGGGGGCCUGGGAGGGACAGGAUUUGGAAACUCCAACCCCAGCUGGAGAGGCUUCACUGGGGAGCAACAUACAGGCAGACUGAUUGCAUCAGAUGGAGAGGAUGAAGAUGGUGAGGACAUUCAAGAGUCACACCUGUACAGGACGUCCCCAUCCCCAACACACACCAACCUGUUCACAUUUGCUGCCAUGGCAACAGGGGGGAGGGGUCUGAGGAGCGGAUUGGCCGGUAGGAAUCCAGGAACGGGAGACAGGUCAUGGAGGAGAGAUGAGCCAGCAUGGACAGAGAGGAGAGAAGCAGGUUUACAAGGUGACUCAAGAAGCCGGGGGCAGCAGAAAAGUGUGCCAAUGCCAGACAGUGUGGCAGGGAAAAACAAAAGAAGGCCAGGACGGCCCAGAAAGCACCCACUGCCCUCCACUGUAUCCUCCCCCAUGCACUUAUCUGCAGCUCCCUCCAUGUCAUCACCUGACCUCUUGCCAGGAUACAGCCACAACAGAGAUGGGAGAGAAGUGGGAGGGAGAAAAGAAGAAAGAGGGCCAGAGAGAGAUCGAGGAGGCGAUACAGUGCAGCAGGUGACUGAGUUGGAGCUGCAGGCCAGGAGGAAAAGAGGACGGAAGAGAAAACAUGGUGACUCUCCUUGUCAUCAGAGUGUCGCUGAGGAUAAACCUGAGUGUGACACCCCCCCUGAAUGUUUUAGCCAAUCAGAUGUUGACCAGGCUCCAUCCCAACCAGUAACCAUCCAAAGAGAGGAGAGAGCAGAUGGUCCUCCCAGGAAGAAGUUUCUGAGGGCAGGUCUUUACUCUGAUGAUUACAAAACUACAGAUCCCCCCUCCCAAGCCCAGGAGUUGUGCAGAGAGAGUAUGGAAUACACACCAGAGGAGCGUGAAUAUAGCCUUUUACCUGCUCCCAUACAUGUUGGGAAGUACCUUAGGCUGAAGCGGAUUCAUUUCCAGUUACCCUAUGAUGUUAUGUGGCUGUGGCAGCACGAUCAGCUUCACAUGCAGCCUACUGUCCCCCUGAAGAGGAAGCGGCGUUACUGCCGGCUGAAGGAGAGGACUGUAUCCUCUCACCAGACAGCGGAGGACAGCUCUAGUGACAUUACCAGCCUGUUUCCUCACCUCGACAUGGAUCCUUUGACCAGCAGUGAGAGGAGCUUUGUGGUGAAACACCACGUGUUCCUUGUGAGGAACUGGGAACUCGUGAGAGACAGACAGAUUCGACUGAGGAUAGAGAGGGAGAGGGAGAGAGACGCAGAAGGAGAGGAGAGGGACUCACGACGUCUGUCCUGUGAUGGAGCCAAUGGGGACGACAGCCACAUCAAGUCAGAUCAGCCAGUGGGGGUGGAGGUGGCGGUUAUCAGCAGUGACCCCCAGCAUCAGAGUCAGGACACCUCCAGCUUACUAACUGCCAGCCCCUGUCCUACCAAAACCCAGAACAGACAAGAGGAGGAGGGAGAGGAAGAAAAACGAGGGGAAGAAGAGGUCUGUAGCAGAGAACAGAGGAGGAAACGGCUGAAUGAUUUACUUUUGACCCUGCAGCAUUCAUAAGCUAACAGAGAGAGGUGGGACCACUCUGAGAAAGGGACCAGGCCCACCACUGGACAGAUGGACAGGAACUGAUGUCAUAACACUGCUAUUAACAGUAGUAGUGCCACAGAGAACAAGGGAGAAAAGGAGAAGAGAGCUGAAUUAUAGCGGCUGAAAAUGCAAGAAAGACAUCUCACACACUGACAGAUGAGUGUGUUGAACCUAGCGCUCUGAAGGGCAUCACACCAAGGAUGAAACCAUGGCAACACAUCUUUUGUCCAAGCGGCGAGGGAUGAGAGAAACAGAGAUAGACUGUCCUGGAUGAAAGAAAGAAACAGACCAGCUGAAAUGAAUUUGCACUAGUGCUGGAUGAACAAGCACACUAAAGACUGUAUGUAUGCUGAGUGGACACACUAUAAACACACACACACAUACACUUUGAUUGCUCUUACUUCGGCACCUUAAGCAAACUGGGAAAGGCAGACAUUACUCGGAGACUGAAAGUGGACAUAUAUGGUACUCAGCAUUUCGGCUCUGAAGUUUCCAAGAGACGAGGAGCUCACAAGCUGGCCGGGGGGAAACAAAAAUGUAGCCUGGGUCCUAAGUAGGUCAAAAUUGAACCCUCAUUUAAUUGUUAAGCUUUCAAAGUCACAUUGCACCUUUGGGAAAUGACACAAGGAGAAAUGAACCAGUUAAAAGCUGUUGAGACAGUGUUAGGGGGUUUUCUUCACUUUACCAAGACAGUGUCUGCUAUGUACCAGUGAAUAGGCAGGGGAGGGGUGGGCUUAGUGAUAGGAAUUUUGGCAUCGCUGCAAGAGAAUUUCUAAUGAGGUUUUAAGAAAGAAGUUAUUUUUGAAAAAAAAGACAGCUUGAGCACUGUCUGCUAAAGAAAUGGACAAAAUAUAUUCAUGAUAGGAAUGUUUAUUGUUGGCUAUUUUCAGUAUUGCUUCCUGGGGAAGGGAGGAAGAAGGGUAAAAAGUGUUUUGUUUACUUCAGACUGCCUUUGAGAAUGUUUCGCUCUUUGCUCCCGAGCAUUGACAAUCAGAAUGUCCUAGGGGGAGAAAGGAGAGAGAAAAGGGAAUGAAAACUAGAAUUGAUUUGCCCCAAAUGCUCUGUAGAAGUGCCAUGUUGUCUUGUGUACGUACCUAAGCGAACUCAUGCAGUCUUUAAAAGCAAUAUCUCCUCUGAUAAGGACUAUAUAAGGACUUCCUCUGUUAUGUUUUGGGGUUUUUUUAAGUUGUGAAUAUUUGAGGAUUGGAGGUCAUUUUUCUGUACAGUUGCAUAGUAGAUUGUUCUCAUUUUAGGAGCCUUGGGCUAAUCCACUUAGUGGAAGUAACCAUAAGCGUUUAGUUUCAUGUGAAUGUACAUAGAGAGAGAGAGACCUGUUUUCCUUCUAUCAGCAGUAGCGUGUAAAAUUAGUAUUAUACAUGACAAUACUAUUGGGAUUAUACAUAAAACUUAAUAUUCAAUCUUUCAUUUUACUAACAUGUUUUUAACAGAUUAUACAGCUGACCAGUAUAUCAGUCAUUUCUCCUUAAAAUUGACUAUGAUUGUAUAUGAUUUUUUGUAGAAUUACAUAAUUUGUCUUUUUUUUAGCUGAGAGUAUGUUGGGUUUUUUUUUUUAUUGGUCAGACAAUCAGUGACAGUGAAUUAGUUUUUCCAGUGUUAAAUUUCUGCUCUCUUUCAGUAGUGUGGCUUGUAAUAACAAGCCAAGAAAGUGCAAUUUCUUUGACUGUUUACAUACUGUAUGUAUAUUUUUCCUCUUUCCUUUUUUAACUAAGAGCACUACAUUAUUGCCAGUGGAUGAUUAACUUUAUAGCAAAGGUACACAUAAAGAGUUAUUUAUCUAGUUUGCAUGACAUGUAACCUUUGCCUGUUGCCUCUGAUAAUGUGCAUCUGAAAAACAAAACAUCAAAAACAGUUGUAACUCAAUGCCAUAGAAUGUCAGCUCAGACUUUUUGCCUCUAUAACCAUAAUAAUAAAAGCAUUUUAUGUCUACUAGUACUAGA